UGUCUAAUAGAUUACUGACAGUUCCACACCGUACAAAAAUACGACACAUUAUAGCAUCUCGUCAACUAAGAGACAAGGAUGGUUUAAGCCACUAAAUUAGCCACUGACUUCCAAAGGGGAUGUUCACGUGCGGAAAAGGUACAUCUACGGCAAGGAAGUGUAUAUAUGUCUGUCCUUAUAAAAAAAAAUAUAUGGCUCAUGUUACUCUGUGAAUUUCUGUGAAAAAGCAAUGUGAUGCCAGCGGUGGCUGUUUUGACAUUCACCUAACACUGAUGUCUGUUUUGAUUAUAGCUUAGAUCUAUAACUGUGCAAAAUGGAGUCCGUUGAUUUUCAAGUUUAUCCUACUGGCCACCAGCGCAGUUACCGGAAAAGGCCGAGGUAGUAUCUAUUGACACAGCUGACACCCCUAUGUUAUUUUACCCUCUUGUAUUAGUUUACAAGAUGGAGAUACCGAUGUUACAUGUGUUGCUGCUCUGUUCUUCAUUCGUCUUUACUGUCAUUGGCAACCCAUCCGCAAAAGCAGCGUGUCCCUCAUCAAUUGUCGACAUCCAGGUGGGCAGUGGUACGUUUACCAGUCCUUCCUACCCUGUGAUAUACCCCGCCAACGUCACCUGCAGGUGGAGGCUAACGGCACCCUCUGGUUCCCGUAUAAACAUCACCUCAGUGAUAAUCCAAGUAGAGGAAACCCUGGGAUGUGUGUUUGAUCACGUCCUUAUAUACGAUGGGGGACAGCCUGACGGACAGACCCUGGGGAGAUUCUGUGGCACAAGUCGGUUUGCGGUAGAGACGUCAGGCAACCAGGCGCUAGUUGUCUUCAGCUCAGACGCUUCCUAUGGCGGGUUGGGGUUUGAACUGGCGUACUCAACGCUGACAGGUCCGAAGCAGAUUAAGUCGCGGAUUGAUCGCGGCUCAGAUUGUAACCGGACAGUAUCCACGGUCCCCGGAUACCUGAUCAGUCCGAACUUCCCAUUACCGGCAAACGCGAAUACUUACUGCACCUACAAAUUUACGGCCCCUGAGGGUAAGGUAGUUGAACUGAUGUUUACCUUCUUCCACGUGGAGCCAUCCAGUUACUGCCAGUACGACAGUGUGGAGAUCUUCGAUGGGCCCACCAAAGAGAGUGGGAACAUUGGUGUGUUUUGUGGGUCAAGCCGUCCCUCAGUCACACGUUCUACCGGGCGAGAUUUGCUCCUGGUGUACACCACUGACGCAACGUACACUCAAAACGGCUUCAACGUCUCCUACAACUUCCUGGACCCGUCCACGGCGCUUCUGGGUGUGGCACAAGGGGAUAAGGACUGUAGUCGGACGUUGGAGAGCGAGGGUAUCUUGACCUCCCCAGGGUACCCCAGCCUUUACCUUCACAACAAGAUGUGUGUGUACGUGAUCCGAGCACCCCCGGGCAAGUUCGUCCAGCUUGUCUUUGAUGAGUUCCACUUGGAGAAGAGUGAGAAUUGUGUAUAUGAUUCUCUAAUAAUUUACGACGGCGCCACAGACGAUUUCCCCUUGGGGAGCUUCUGCGGUCAACAGAUGGCAUCGAACACGUCCAUUACGUCGGCAGGGAACACCGUCAUCAUCAGGUUUAUCUCUGACAUGACUGUCUCAGAUGUCGGUUUUGCAGUGACGUAUAGUUUCGUAAGCGAAACAGAUUCCAUCAAAUGCUACUUGGAGUGUGAAAAUGGCGGCAAAUGCACACAGCAAAUCAAGGGACCGAUGUGUGACUGUCCUCCACCCUACUCAGGACCGAGAUGUGAAAAGAAGCCGGCAGACUGUAGUGCAGAUCCCUGUCUUAACGGAGGCACCUGUAACCAGCUGCCCGAAAUGUUUUUCUGUAGUUGUCUGCCAGAGUUCGCGGGCCUGUAUUGUGAUGAAAGGGGAGAAGAAGAGCGACUCCGAUUUAUCCAUGCUCCUCAAAACCGCACCGGCUUGCCCACUGACACCACAGUCACGUUACAGUGUCAGGUGAAUAGAGAGGAAGCUGACAUUCGCUGGUUUUUUAACGAAGAUACACCUCUAAUUUCGUCUGGGGUGAGCACCAGGAACUUGAAUAUUGACGUCCACGAUGGUGGUGUACUCGUGAUUCCACACCUAACGGAGGACAACGCUGGCAAAUACACCUGUGUGGCUGAUGACGGUAUUGAAAAUGUCCACCAUGACGCUUGGGUGACAACAGAUGCGCCGUGCUUCCUGGAAUUCACCGCUGCACCCCAAAGUUCCUCAGAAAGAGCUGGAAAAAACAGUCAUUUGUUCGCUUGUAAGGCUAAUGGUGGAAGAGCAUAUCACUGGGAAAAGGAUGACGUUCCAAUUCAAGACAGUAAGCGUUUCCAGACACUGGAACAACCUAUCUUCAAGUGUCCUUCCUGGAGACGUCCGACAGUGGCAAGUACACGUGCGUCCGUAAGGGGAGUUAACUGUGUGCAGCGAAGGUCGGCUUGGCUCGACGUCAUCGGAUCAGCAGUGAUCGCCACCUGUGGUCGGCCAAAGUUUGCCUUGCCUGGAGGGGUACAAGUGGGCCCCAGGAUCACAAGCGGACGGCGGGCGCUUGAUGGUUCUUACCCUUGGUUUGCCCUCCUCUACGAUACAGUAACUCCUACCGCGUUUUGUGGGGGUUCGAUCAUUGACGAGAAGUGGAUUCUCACCGCUGCCCACUGCAUCCAGUCUCUAUCUCAGUACACAAACAAACCUCUGUUUGGGAAAGACACGACGAAGAUCUUCCUGGGCACCAACCACUGCCGCGGAUCUGGGGGCGUGGAGAUGUCCGUGGAUGAGGUCAUCGUCCAUCCAGAAUACGACCAUGCCACGGAGACAUUCAACAACGACAUAGCCCUGAUCAAGGUGAAAGAGAAGAUUCGCUUCAACUCCCAGAUCAUGCCAAUAUGUCUUCAGCCCUUAUCCUUCCUGGAGACUCGGUUCAUAAGGGUACAAGGGUCGGGGUACGUGGCUGGGUGCGGACUGAUCUCAGAGACCGGCCUCAAGCCUUUGUAUUUGCUAGAAGUCAAGCUGCCCAUUCGUGAAAAAACCUUGUGCACAAAAACCAAGAAUAGUUCGUUGGCGGACAACAUGAUUUGCGCUGGUUACCCUACCGCUAACCGUGGGGACUCAUGCACUGGUGACAGCGGGGGUGGAUUUGUAGUCAAGUCCGGUAACCAGUUCUCCCUUGUGGGCAUCGUGUCCUGGGGCAUUGGUUGUGACAGGGCCCAGUCUUAUGGCUACUACACAAACGUCGGUAGAUACUUCAAGUGGAUUCACGAAAUAAUUGACUAGUUGUUCCAGUCUCUAUGGGUGCUCCGUUCGUCUUUACGAUACCAGUUUGGAGCUCGGUACUGGAACUCUUUUUCACUGUAAUCAAAGCAAAGCAAGAACAAGACUGGUAGAAAAACUGUACUUAUAAAACAAGUACCGAAUUUACAUUAUAAAGAAUAAAGCAUCAUGACAGUCUGGUAUGGUUUCAAGAUUUUCAACCAGUACACCACACCAGUAUACGCAAGUGGCCCUUAUCUUUACUCAUCCUCAGAAUCUCUAUUGGAUACCUUCCCACAUGGUCUAAUAAAUUGUACUGAUUGUAA